UGUCGUCCCCCCUCUUGAGCUCCACCUCCAGGCAAGGCUGGACAGUCACAGGCUCCCCUUUAUCCGCCAGCUCCCUUUUCAUCCAGUCCGUGACCCUUCGUGGGUUUAUGUUUCUCAUGUUCUCCUAAAUCCCAGUCAUCAUGCCCCGGAGGACGCUGGGUGGAGGUCGUGUUCUUGGCCCCGCGAACGCUCGUUCUCCAUCGGCUUUAACCCCAUCUCCGCAGCCCAGUAACCCAAGACUCCUCACCUUAUCGCCUUCCGCCAGCAGUGUUUCUCUUAACUCACAAGCCUCAGCAUCUCAAAUCUCAACCGAAGCUCAGGACCUUACAUCGCGCGUUUCCCUUGAAAAUGGUUCCGCCUCUAUACCUGCCGCUCCGGCAGCUGCCGGAGCUCAGUUGGCCUGUCCGAUCUGCAGUGAGGAGAUGGUGACACUGUUACAGUUAAAUAGACACCUCGAUGACGUUCACCAGAACCUGGAAGAUGAUCGGCAGGAUGAAGUAAAAGACUGGUUCAAGACUCAGAUGGAUAAGGCCAAGCGCUUUCAGCCGCUUGCUGUUCUAAACCAGAAGCUCAAGGGCUUGGACGUGUUCGAAUCGAACGAAAAUCUUCAGCCUUUUGCUGGCCCAAGCCGGCCAUCCGGACCGGCUUCGACACAUCCUUUUGAACCUCCCAGAGGACCCGACCCUGAUGACGUUAUAACGAGGGAUCACUGGCAAGCUCGCACUCUAUAUGAUGUAUGCCUGGAACCUUCGUGCGGCAAGCGACUUAAUGCCACCAACGGCUGUGUCAAUUGUCGCAAAUGCGGGAAGCUAUUCUGUGAAGACCAUACCAUGUAUCAGAUGAAGCUAUCCAGAUCAGCCCAACAUGAGCCAGUCAGGGGGUUAUGGUGCAGGGUCUGUGAAACUUGCUACAAGUCGAGGGAUGGGUAUAAUGAUCACAAUGGUCUGAUAAGAGACCGCAUGGAUGAGUUUAAGGCAAUGAGAAAGCAGACAGUUGAUAAGGCCCUGUUGGAAGUGUCACGUUUGGAGAAACGCCUGACACGGUUGACGCAGUUGCUUGCAGAUUUGCCUAUGGAACAGAUUCAAUCAAGCGCAAAUAAAUUAUGGACAAUCUCAUGGCAGGGCGAUCAACGCAAAGCCCUUGAGCAAACCAUAGUCAGUUGGCAGGAUGAUGCUAGUGUUACCCGAUGCCCCUUUUGCCAGCAAGAUUUUACCAGUUACUCCUUCCGAAGGCACCAUUGCAGGACUUGCGGGCGAGUCGUAUGUGGUGACCCAGCAACUGGAUGCUCCACGGAAGUUCCGUUGAGCAUUUCACCCCUAGCAAAGACAUCAGCAGAGAAAUCUGUUCACGCAGGCAUUAUCAAUGUCGAUAUCAGGCUCUGUAAGGAGUGCCGGUCGACCUUGUUUGACCGACGAGACUUUCAAGCCGAUAUUAUGGGGAGGCCGCCAGCUGUGCGGGCGUAUGAUAAUCUUACCCAAUUCGAGAGGGGCAUUCGGCUCCUACUCCCUAAAUUCCAGAAGAUACUGGGAGCUUUGCAAGAUCCCAGGCGGCCACCAUCGUCUGCGCAGAUUUCAGAGGCCUCCAAAGUUCGCAAGCGAUUAACGGACUCAUUUGCCCAAUAUGAUGUUGCUGCUAGGCGAAUUCGUGAUAUGCAAACAGAUUCCCUCACUCAACAGCGGCUCCAGAAGGCGAUCUACCAACAAGCCAGCAAUUUUCUCCAUCUUCACAUGCUUCCUCUGAAGUCUCUGCCCAAGGUGCUCAAGCACGCAUCUUCCAACGGACGGCCACCUAGCUCCACGAGCUCCCCCGCCAGCCCUAGCCCUAGCAACGGCUCACCGGGUGGCCAUCGACGGCAAGGGCCAGCCCUUGCGUCGAUCAAAUAUGGCAGUAUUGCAGCUAGUGGCAGCAACAGCAGUCUAGCAAGCGAUGCCAGCAGCGCUAUAUCCGCACUAGAAGCUGAAGAAAAGUCGCUUCGGGAGCGACUGAUUGUGCUGGAGGAGCAGAAGUUCUUCGUGUCGGAGAUGAUCGCGGAUGCGAACAGGCGUCGCAAAUUCGAUGAAGUUAGCAGUCUCGCGAUAAACAUUGAGGAUCUCACACGGGAAAUUGACCGGGUCAAUGGAAUGCUGGAUGGCUUGGACUUUGAGGGCGUCUACACCGGUGCUCAUCAGCAGACCUGAUGGCUUCUAAUAAUACCAACUCUUUCUCUUGGUUCUCCGUUGCUCACUUCCAUCAUUUUUGCUACAACCGCAAUUUAUGGUGGCUUUGAGUGCAUCGUUACUCUCUGUACAUGAUCUUGGCCACGGCGCGGGCGCAGGCGCGGCGUUUGCGGCUGGGUUCAAUGAACUUGCAUAGCAUGGGCGUUGCGUUGUAUGCAUAUGGUCGUAUAUAAUUAUGAUCUCUUCAUUCCCCUUUCUAGUCCAAUUCUCUUCGCUGCCUCAAGCCUGUACUGUCGAACCAAUGCUUGAUACCAUGAAUAACAGCA